ACGACACUCACGUGAGGCAGUCACGAAUUCACCUUAAUGUCUAAACCAUGGAACCAGCUAAAGUAGAGGAAUACACAGAUGUCACGGAGGAAUCAUUCAUUACAGACAUAUAUCCACGAAGAAAACCGGCUGUAUUGAAGGGUGUGGACAUAGGACCUUGCAUAUCUAAGUGGACAGUGGAGUAUCUCUGUGAAUAUGGAGGAAAGAAUGAUGUCAAAAUACAUGUCAGUGCCACGCCACAAAUGGAUUUUAUAUCCAAAAAUUUUGUGUACAGAACGUUGCCAUUUAAUGAGUUCGUGAGAAGAGCCAGUGAAGACAUUAAAAAGGAGUUCUUUCUUAAUGAGGAUGAGAAGUAUUACCUACGGGCGCUAGGAGACGACCCCCGUAAGGACAUUGCUGACAUCCACACGCAGUUCCCUGUCCUAGCCUGUGACAUCAACAUCCCUGAGUACUUCACCCCGGACCGCUUCUUCUCCAGUGUAUUCAGAAUUGGAUCUGCAGGAGUUCAGCUUUGGACACAUUAUGAUGUGAUGGAUAACUUAUUGGUACAGGUGACUGGGAGGAAACGAGUUGUUCUUUUCUCACCUGAGGAUGUAGACAAGCUUUACCUGAAAGGAGACAAGUCACUUGUGCUUGAUAUUGAUCACCCCGACGAAGACAAGUACCCACUGUUUAGACAGGCCAGGAGAUAUGAGUGUCGCCUGAGCCCAGGAGACAUCCUCUUUAUACCAGCACUGUGGUUUCACAGUGUGGUCUCUUUGGAUUUUGGUGUCGCUGUCAACGUGUUCUGGAGACACCUGGAUUUGGAGAUAUACGAUCCCCGGGACACCUAUGGGAAUAGGGAUCCCAUCCCAGCCGCCCGGGCUCAGCAGAUAGUGGAUAGGGCUGUGAAGGUGCUAGAGGAACUGCCUCAGGAAUACAGAGACUUUUAUGCUAGGUGUCUGGCUGCCAGAUUGCUGGACAAGACAGUGAAUAAAGCCGAAGACAGUUCAUAA